AUGAACAUCUUAGAAAAUGAAGUUAAGGAGGACCCAUCAAAAGGGGGUCUUCAGAACAUCGAUAUUGAUCCCAUGAUUGAUGUGCCCUUAGCUACUUCCAAUGACAAGGGGCCCAAUAACAUUGUAAGGAGGAGAACUGCUGGCUUUCAUGCAAAUGUUCAAGGUGGCACUGGAAAGGUUGAACCUAAAGGAGGAGGAGGGCUUAAGGGCCUACAUUUUCUUAAUAUCAAAGGGAAGGAAUCAGAUGCAUGGAAACCUAUGGAGAAGCGCUUUAAUCAAUACGCAGUUGAGAAUAGACUAUCUAGGGAUGAUUUUGGUACCUGCAUUGGAAUGGGUGGACGAGAGUCGAAGGACUUCGCAUGCCAACUGUUUGAUGCAUUGUGUAGGAGAAGGAAUCUAUGUGCAACCGAAGGGAUUACUUUUGAAGAACUGAGGCUGUUUUGGGAAGACUUGACUAAUGAAGACACCGAAUCCCGGCUUCAGUUAUUCUUUGACAUGUGCGACAAGAAUGGUGAUGGGAAGCUCUCAGAGGAUGAGGUAUUGGAGGUUAUAGUUUUGAGUGCCUCAACGAACAAGUUGGCAAAUCUUAAAAAGCAAGCAGCGUCAUAUGCAGCUUUGAUCAUGGAAGAGCUUGACCCUGACCACCUCGGAUAUAUAGAGAUGUGGCAGUUAGAAACUUUACUUAAGGAAAUGGCAAUGGCUGAAACUGAAGCAAAACCAAAAAUUAGCAAGAGAACCCAAACUCUCGCAAAAGCCAUGAUUCCCAGAAGAUACAGGAAUCCUGCGAGCAAAUUCAUAUCUACCACCUUAGAGCUUGCCUGUGACAACUGGAAGAAAAUAUGGGUUGUGUCGUUAUGGUUAGUAGUAAACGCGGGCCUCUUUUUCUGGAAAUACAGCGAGUACCAUAAAAAUCCGUUAUACAAAAUCAUGGGUGAAUGCCUAUGCUUGGCAAAGGGUGCUGCUGAGACCCUGAAGUUCAACAUGGCUCUUAUUCUCAUUCCAGUUUGUAGGAGAGCCCUUACAGCCCUUAGAUCAACAUGGUUGAGUCACUUGUUCCCUUUUGAUGACAAUAUCAACUUCCAUAAGUUGAUUGCAUUGGGAGUAACUAUAGGGACUGCUAUACAUGGAAUCGCGCAUCUAUCUUGCGAUUUUCCAAGACUGACAUCAUGUCAACAUGAUAAGUUCAUGAAAAUUGCCGGGCAUUAUUUCCAAAAUAGGCAGCCAAGUUAUAUGCACUUGAUUCGGAGUAUUCCAGGCAUAACUGGGAUAGUCAUGGUUGUUAUAAUGUCAUUUUCCUUCACUCUUGCAUUGAACUCAUUCAGGAAAAGUGUCAACUUACCUGGGCCUCUAAAGAAAUGGAUAGGGUUUAAUUCCUUCUGGUAUUCACAUCAGUUGCUGGGAUUGGCAUAUAUGCUCUUCAUCUUACACGGUGUUUGCCUCAUUUUUCAGCAUAUAUGGUACAAAAAAACGACUUGGAUGUAUGUAUCAGUUCCAUUCUUAAUGUAUGCAACUGAACGAUUGAUUACAAUACUUCGAGAAUUCUCACACCCUGUCUCUGUCAUCAAGGCAAUAACUUAUACAGGAAAUGUUCUGGCACUAUACAUGACCAAACCCCCAGGAUUCAAGUACGAAAGUGGAAUGUACCUCUUUGUCAAGUGUCCUGAUUUAUCAAAUUUCGAAUGGCAUCCGUUCAGCAUCACUUCUGCCCCAGGCGAUGAUUACUUGAGUGUCCACAUCCGAGCUAUAGGAGACUGGACUACAGAGCUUAGAGACACCUUCUCUAAGGUCAGCAGUGGGCUUCAAACUACACAGACUACUAGAAAGGGAUCUCUUGUUAGAACAGAAACUAGAGCGAGACCGUCGACAAUAACCUACGAUAAUUUAGAAAAAUUCGACCAAGAACAACCAGUAUAUCCGAAGAUUGUAGUAAAGGGACCCUUUGGAGCCCCUGCUCAGAAUUACACCAAGUAUGACAUCUUAUUGCUCAUAGGUCUUGGAAUUGGAGCAACUCCUUUCAUCAGCAUUGCAAAAGAUAUCAUCAACCGUAUAAGCGUCGGAUACGCUAUGCCUGAAUCAGGAGCAGCAGGUCACAAACGGCAGGGAAGCUGCUUAGGAAUUGAAAAGACUCCAGAAAGAGCAUACUUCUAUUGGCUAACAAGGGAACAAGGUUCCUUCGAAUGGUUCAAAGGCGUCAUGGAUGAUAUUGCAGAGUGUGAUCACCAUCAAGUAAUAGAAAUGCACACCUACUUGACAAGCGUCUACGAAGAAGGAGAUGCUCGGUCUGCCCUUAUUACCAUGGUACAAAAACUACAACAUGCUAAGAAUGGAGUCGAUGUUGUCUCAGAAAGUGGGAUAAGAACUCAUUUUUCAAGACCUAAUUGGAAAAAGGUGUUUUCAGACAUGGCUACGGCUCAUCCACAGUCUCGAAUAGGCGUAUUCUACUGUGGAACUCCAACACUAGUUAAAACACUAAAGGAUCUCUGCCUAGAAUUUAGCUUAAAUUCAUCAACCCGUUUCCAGUUCCACAAGGAGAAUUUCUAG